AUGUUCUUUAAGGAGGAAUCAUUUAAAGUGGCUAACCGGGUCUUCGAUACGGCAAGUACGUCGGACACGGAUAUGCACAUCACGCAGCGGCUCGGCAACUACGAGGCGGUCAAGAAGUGCUUUAUGGAGACGUCCACGUCGUAUCAUGUGAUCGGUAUCGCGACCAGUCCGGCCUCGACGACGCCCCGGGCCGGCGUUAUGACCAGCUCUUCGGCCGCCGGCAGCCACCAUCGGUCGCUUCCACCAAAAACCAAUAGCAAUAGUAGUACCAUUAGCAAUAGUAACGUCAACUUCGUCAAACCGGCCGACAAUCGCUCCCUCUACAACGGUGGCCGGCCGUCGGCGUCGGCGGUGACGACGACGACGUUGUCGUCCUCCUCCUCGUUAUCCGCGUCGUCGGUGGUUGGCGGCGGACGCAGCAGUAGCAGCGGGAGCGGGAGCGGUGGCGCCCCAGGCGGACACUACUCGUCCUCGUCCGGCGGGCCGGCAGUCUCAUCAUUCAACAAGCAUGAGGUGCACGGCAUCCCAUCGAAAGGACCGCCCUCGUUGUCCCUCCUGCCACCCUCGCUGAUGAACGGCCGCGCGGUGUCCGGCGGCCCGGCGGUGGCCGGUGGACUGUCCACAGGACCUUCCGGUGUUGGCGGCGGCGGCGGCGGUGUGGAUAAGUUACCCUCGCAAAUGCCCAACGGCCGACUGCCCCAGGUUGCAAACGCAAAAAUGCCUAGAGUAGGCAACAAUGUGGAGAAAAUCCUGAACGAGAUGAAGACCAACCUCAAGACGCCGCUGACGGAGAUCGGGGCCACGCCGCGCAAGGAGCUGGAGUCCAAGUUUAGCUUCGGCUCGAACCCGAAGACCAAGUUCGUGUACGCGUCCGUGCCCCCGGUGCUGGGGCCGUUGACAUCCCUGUUGGCGCCGCCGCCGUCGUUGGGCGGUGGAACGGGGAGCAGCAGCGGUGCCGCCGGAGCCUCCAGAUCGUCGCUUUCCGGUUUGGGAAUGCUACGUCCGCUAGGACCGAGCAUCGAGGACGACAAUCAGAACGGUGGAUCGGAGCGCAACUCGAGCGAAAGCUCGUCGAACGAAAGUGUGGACGAAUCGUCGAGCGAGGACUCGAACGUGGGCAAUAAGCUACCCAGCAACGGAGGAUUCCUAGCUGCGGCCGGUUCGAUUACGCCCCUCGGAGAUGGUGUAAGUUCGAACGGUGGCGCUGGAGGAGGCUCCACCGGUGGGGUCGGUGUCGGUGGCCACACGGUGGCCGACGGCAACGGUAGCCCGAUACGGCGGACGGAUUGGUCGCUGCUGAACUUUCUGCAACCCGCCGCCAACCAACAAGUGCCAAAUGAAAGUGCCCACCAUCACCACCACGCGGCCAUUGCCGCGCAUCAUCACGAGGAGAGCUCGAUAUCGUCGCCCUUGCGGCCGCUCAAGAUAGCGGGCGGUGGUGGUGUCGAUGCCCUAUCGCCUCCGUCGGCGUCCGGUGCGUCCAUCAAGAACGAACCGCUUGCCCCGCUCGACGACGACCAUCUGUCGAAUGCGAGCAGCAACAACAGUGAUCCUUCCACGGCCAUUAUGAGCACCGCGACGGCGACGGCGGCGGCGACGUUGACGAACGGACUGGUGGCCGUUGGCGGCGGAGUGUUGCCUCCUGCGUCGUCAGCUUCGUCGACGUCGUCGUACGUGAAGCAGGAACCGUAUCCCAGCGAGAACAGUGCCUCAUCGCCUCCACCGACGCACGGCAGCGGUGGUAUCAAGAGCGAGCGAAAGGAUGAUGUCACCGAUCGCCUGUCGCUGUCGAGCCCGAUCAAAAGCCCGGAGGUGCAUCAUCUUCUUCACCAUCAUGCCGUUAGCUACCAUCAGCAGCAGCCGCAGCAGCAGCAGCACCACCACCAACAUCUGUUUAAUGACAGCGUCGAACCGGACGAUGUGAUAAGUGCCCUACAGGAAGCCAAAGAGUUUAGCCUGAUCAAACCGAUUUCGAGCAUGUCGGGCAGCAGUGAUUCGGACGAUGCGUUGGCCGACCCGGCCGGUAGUAGCGCGGUUGGUGGACCGUUGCUGGACGGCUUGGAUGUGACGGGCGUUGGUGGAACUACGAAAAAGAAGAAAUGGAAACGCAAGCUUCCGACCGGAGGCGGUGUGACGGGGGAAGCGCGAGAACCACGCGAUGCGUCCACGAGCAGCAGCGAGGAUGAGCGGUACGGAAGCGGCGCACGCCGGAGUCGAUCGCAAUCGUUCGAGAAGGACAAAUCGAUCCUAAAGUCUCGAGGGCGACCGCGGAAAACGGUCAAUACUCAUGGUGGUGGUGGCGGUGGAGGAGGGACCACAACCAGCGCGGCCUCCAGUGCCCGCUACUCGGACGCCGAUUCCGUGGCGAGUGGAAGCACCAGCCGGCGGGGGACGAGCAAAACGCCGUCUCACGGAUCGACACCAACGAAGAAACAGCGGGCGGGGCUCGGGGGACCGACCUCGACCGUGGCCUACGGGGACCCGGGAAGCAUUAUGAGCCCUCCGCUCAGCAUUCCACCACCACCGUCGUCGUCGGUGGCAAUGGCGGAAGCGAAAGGUUCCUCCACCUCGCGCAAGUCACGACCGGCGAAGAAGGGACGCACCUCGCGUGGCAGUAGCACGUCUUCGUCGGGCGAGGACGACGAUCCAUUGUCGGCGGCGCCGGUCGUGGUGGAACCGCCACCAGCGCCACCAGUGGUGAGCAAAGGCAAAAAGGUGAAAUCGAAGAAGAAGGCGGAUAAAGGCAGCGGUGCGGUGGGCCCCGGGACCACCGGCGGCGGCGGCGGCGUACACAUCUCGCCGGUGAAGCCGGCGUCGAGGAUGGGGGACGCGGUGGAUCAGCAAACGAUGAAAAAUGGGCCGUCGGGUGGCGGUGGAAGCAGCCGGAGUAGCAACAACAACUAUAACCUGCACACCCUGUCCUCGGACAGCAAUGACGAGAGACCGUCAAUUAUUUCGCCACCGUUCCCCAGCAGUGGCGGCGGCCGAUCGGAAACACUUGGAGCAGCACCGGCUACCGGCGCCAGUCGAACGAAGAAGAACCGCAAACGAUCCACGGCAUCAGCCGCCGAGGAGGACAAUCGAGGUGCUGCUGCAUUGCGCAAAACCAGCGACGAUUAUGAUGAUGACGAUGACGAUGAUGACGAUCGGUCCGAUAGCGGUGAUAGUGACAGUGAUGCUCCGACCAAAAAAGAGAAGCAAAAGCAAAACAAAAACAAAAAGGCGGCCCUGUUUGCGCGGGUAUUCAUCAACACGGCGGCCUCCAGCGGUGGCAAAGGAAAGGGCGGCAAGGGAAAGGGUGGCAAGGGCAAGGGUCAAGUGUACAUUGACCACGUGGACGAGCUGCACGUCGGGAAGCAGCAGCAGGCGUCCACGACGCCAAACUCCUCCGGAAACGCGCCAGCAGCCGCCGAGCAGCGAAAGCACCACCAUCAGCUGGCCGUUCCGUCGGCGGACGUUUCUAGCGUGUCGCCACGGUCCGUGCCCGAUGGCGGUCGUCCGAGCAGCAGGGGAGGCGGCAUGGUAGUAGUAGGCCCCGGUGACAGCAGAGUGUCACCGGUGCCGUCGUCACUGUUUUCCCCGGUUAAAGGUGCCUUAAGCAACGUUUCGCUCAUCUGCCGUAUCGAGUUGAGCCGCCUUCGGAAGAUACCGCCACCUCCUCCGCCGGGCUCCCGAGUGGGCAAAGGGGGCGGCGAACAAAGCUACAGUGCCCAGCGCAGUGCCUCAGCUCGCCAGAAGAGCAAAAGUCCCUACGAGCAGCAGCCACUACUCGGGGCGACGGCCGCGGGAAAGCGGCGACGAAACUCGGCCGGUCAGCAGCAGCAGCAGCAGCAACAGCAAGAUCCGGACCGCAGCAGUAGUGGCUCGGUGCACAGUUCCUCGUCGACCGCGUGGCUCGAAGAGCGACCUGCCUCGGCCACCUAUGGUGGUCGGCUACCUCCGACGGACGGAUUGCUCGGCGAAAAUGGUGCCGGUGAAGGUCCGGUGCGGCAUCGCAGUAACUCCAUCAACAGUGAUCACAGUGGUGCGGCGCAGAAAGCGCGCGAUUACCAUGCCGGUGGCGGUUAUGGCCACAAUUCCUCGUUGUCUUCUCCCUCGCUCCAUGCUAACGGUGCCCACCGGCAUCACUCGCCGAUGGUGGGCUACCAACCGGGUCACCACCAUCAUCAUCUGCUCGCCAGCGGCACGGACCCUCCGAAGGGCAAAUCGGGCCACCCUGCUGCUGCUGCUGCGUCCUACGACGAAAAACUGCCCGCCAAAUCCGAGAAGCUUAGCUACGGGCCGCUCAAGGAGGACAAAGCGGCCGCCCUGCUGUACACGAGCGGUGGCUCCAAGUACUCCAACUACGGUGUGAUAAAACAGGAACAGCAGGGACCUUCGGCCAUCAAGCAGGAGUACGCCGGCGGCGGAGAACUGAUGCCGACCGGCGAUGGUGUGUCGCAGAGCAAACUACUCGGCACGACGACCGGGAAGCUAAUUGGCAAUGGCGGGACGGUGGCAGCGGCGGUUGACGGUCAGACGGCGGUACCCCCGUCGGGGACCCGAAUGCGCAAACGCUCCACCAGCUCGAGCAGCACCUCAAACAACACGUACAAAGAGAAGCGCCGAAAAAAGGAUAAAACAACCAACAAUGCACAGACUGAUCCGCUUGACCAACUUCCACCGACCAAUCACGAUCGGUUAGCGGCAGCGGAUGACUGCCAAACGGUGCCAGGAGCCAAUGCAGCAUUGCUCGUCACAUCCGGCCAACAUCCGCAUCCGGCAGCGGCGGCGGCGGCGGCCGGGUUACAUCACAGCAAUCACCACCAUCACAGCGGCCACCAGCAACAGCAGCAGCAGCCGCUGCCCCAACAGCAGCUUUCAGGUGGCGUCGCCGAUGCCACCGCAGCGCCGGCGGUACCGGAGGUCUCGGUGCAGAUUAAGAAGGUGUACGUGUCUUACUUUGAGCGCAACGACGAUGAGGUCGUUGCUGGGGAUCAGAUCCGGUACCUGUCGGAGGCAAAGCGCCUCAAACAUGCGGCCGAUCGCGAGCUGGACCACCUGGCGCAGGCCAUGCUGUACCUGGAGGCGGUGCUGUUUUUCUUGCUCACCGGCGACACGAUGGAACGGGAUCCGAUCACCGAGAAGGCGGCCUUUACGAUGUACAAAGAUACGCUUUGUUUGAUAAAAUUCAUUUCAUCGAAGUUUCGUAGUCAACUGCAGCACCCCACGGUGCAGGGUAAUAUUCACACGAAAGUGGCCAUCUUGAGUUUGCGGUGCCAAUCGUUGAUCUAUCUGAAGUUGUACAAAAUGCGCCGGCCAGAUAUGAAGGAAUCGUGUAAAACGAUCGCCGAGUUCAACAGCAGAACCAACACGGUGCCGACCGAGCUGACCAACGGUAACACACCGUCGCCCCUGUCUCCGACAUCGGUUGGCUCACAGAGUUCUGGCUACUGUUCCGGCCACAACAAUCAGCCCGGUGCGAUCCCACCGAUGAAUUUGUCGCCCGCCCAAUGCAUACAGAUGCCGAUCAAUGUUCACAAUGCGUAUCAAAAGCAAACCACGCUGUUUACGAACCUGUCUACCUGCAUCGAUCUUUGGGAGCAAGCGGAUAGCCUCGUGUUCCGAGGGAACCAUAUCGAAUUCUUCACCGACCUUGACCACGAAAAUGGCCCGAUGACGCUGCACAGCUCGCUGUACAACGUCGUCAAGUACGUGCAAGCCGGCAUCCAGAAGCUGCGGCGCAUGUAACAUUGGG